UUUAUCGAUCAAUAAACAGUAGUCAGCUGUCAGUAAUCUGUAAGCCAUUGGUUUAGUAUAAUAUUUGCCUAUUGCUUUUGGUUCCUUCGCGAAAAUACGCUUAAUGUGAAAUGCCUCAUGUGUAAUCGCUGUUAACUCUAGUCAACGUCUAACAACUUUAGUUGCGCCACAAGAUCGAUUUAAGUUGGACGGAGACUCACCAAACACCAGCGUAUUGAACAGCUAGAUACGGAAGAAGAAAACCGAGAUGGCAGUCCCGUACCUCACCGAGGACGACCGCUUGUGGGAAACGCUGAUGACCACCGUACAAAAUGUACUAAAGAACAACUCUAUUAUGAGCUUUAAGUUACAUACGGAUCUGUAUAACUACACAUACAAAUUGUUAUCGUUAAAAAAAGGCGAACGACUGUACAACGGCCUGAAGGAAACAGUGUCUGCGCAUUUAAAGACUAACGUGCUAGCCAAAGUGCUCGGCUCAUUAAACAAUCAUUUUUUAAGAAAGCUGGAGCAAUGCUGGCAGAAUCAUCAGAGAGCAAUGGAUGUGAUUACAUAUUUAUUCAUGCAUUUGAAUGCAGUGAACAGGCUACACAGCGUUUACAGCCUUGGACUCAGAUUGUUUUGCGACAUUGUGGUGCACAACGAUCUCAUUAAAUUUCAUUUACGUGAAACAUUGUUGAGCAUGGUAAUGAGUGAAAGAAACGGCGAGGUCAUCGAUAGGAAAGAGUUGGAGCGUGCGUGUCGAAUGCUCAUGGUGUUGGGAAUUCAACAACGGACAGUGUAUGAAGAAGAUUUCGAAAAACCUUUUCUUGCCCUGUCCAUCAAGUUCUACAAAUUCGAAAGUAAAAGGCUGCUGGCCAUAAACAGUGCUCCCAAUUACAUAAAAGAAGCUGAAGCGUGCUUCAGAAAGGAAGUCGAGCUGGCUGAAAACUUCAUGGACCCCCCCAAGAAUUGCUGCAAGAAUGACUACAACUCAACCUCAAAGAAAAUAAUACAAGCGUUUAAGGAACAUCUUAUCCAGAAAAAUAUAAAAGCCAUUUUGGAAAUGGAAAAUUCCGGCUUAGUGUUCAUGUUGAGAAACAAAAGAACAAAUGACCUGGCUUGUAUGUACAAUUUUCUGAAAAAAUUUCCAGACGAACUCGAAACCAUGUUAGAUUGUUUAAGUAAAUAUCUACGAGAAGAAGGCUGUUCGUUGGUGAAAGAAGACGAAACCAAUUUAAAUCCUAUCACUUGCAUACAGAGUCUGUUGGAUCUCAAAGAUAGAUUCGAUUUAUUCCUCAACAAAUGUUUUGUCAACGACAAAAUGUUCAAACAGACGAUAUCUUCGGGUUUCAUAUAUUUUUUAAAUUUAAAUCCAAAAUCUCCAGAGUACUUGUCGUUAUUUAUCGAUGACAAGUUGAAGAGAGGAGUUUGUGGAAUGGACGAGGAUGACCUGGAAUCGGUACUUGACAAAGCCAUAGCGUUGUUCCGAUUGCUUCAGGACAAAGAUGUUUUCGAAACAUACUAUAGGCGACUUUUGGCCAAAAGAUUGUUGCACAACAAAUCUGUCAGCGACGAUAUCGAGAAAAACAUGAUCUCUAAAUUGAUAUUGGUGUGUGGACGUCAAUUCACGUAUAAACUAGAAGGUAUGCUCAAAGACAUGGCGCUAUCAAACUUCAUGAUGGAUUCUUUUAAAAAUUUAGCCAGGACUCCUUUGAAUUGUAAGAAUAUGGAACUGUCCGUUUGCGUCUUGACAACUGGUUACUGGCCGUUGCCAGCAACCACACCGAAAUGUAACAUGCCAAGUGUAGCGCAACUGGCAUACAAUAAUUAUCAAAACUUUUGUAUAAGAGAACCCAAGGGCCACCAACAAUUAAGGCUCCAACCUCAAUUGGGAUGGGCGGACAUUACUGCCGUGUUUAACAAGACUCGUCAAGAUAAUAGUGCGACAAGCACAAAUGCCAUCGUUGUGUCCCGUUCAUUAAAUUCUGGUACGAGCGUGAAUUCUAUUGGUACGUUGUCUACACGAAAAUAUAACUUCCAAGUUUCCACCUAUCAAAUGGCAAUACUGAUGUUGUUCAACACUUACGAGAAAAUCACUAUGGAAACCAUCAUGAACAAAACCGAAAUCGACAAGGAAGAUCUGACCCACGUUCUGCAAUCGUUGGUGAUGGGCAAACCACCGCAAAGAGUGCUGUUGAAGAGCCCUAAUACACCAGAAAUUGAACUAUCUCACGAGUUCUCUGUGAACGAGUCGUACAUGUCGAACAAAUUCCAAGUCCAAAUAAUGUCAACCUCAACUAAAAGCGAAAGCAAGCCAGAAUUUCAAAAGACCAAGGACACGGUGGAAGAGGAUAGAAUGCACAAAAUCGAGGCAGCAGUGGUUUGCAUUAUGAAAGCUCGCAAAAAACUAACGCACGAUACGCUCGUAAUAGAAGUUGUUGAGCAGUUGAGGUCGCAAUUCAUGCCGUCAUAUAAAUACAUUAAAGAACGAAUCGAGUGGUUGAUCGAAAAAGAAUACAUAGCACGUACUCUGGAAGAUCAAAACACUUACAUCUAUGUCAUAUAAACACAUGCCACAAAUUGUUUAUCCGACGUCCAUUUAUGUAUGAGAUAAUGGUUUUGUAAAAAAGAAGUUUGUAGGUUGAUACAUUUCUACCUGAAAUGUAUCAACCUAAAAUGUAACCUGAAAUGUAUCAACAUGUGAUUUUGAACUAAUGAAUACCGACGGUUUUUACUCGUGUUUUUUUUUCCUAUUUAAUUAUUGUUUAAGUGUAGUAUGAAAAUAAUUCAAAAUUAUUCUAGUGAUAAGAUUGUGUUUUACGUUUUAUGUAGUGUGCAUAUUAUGUAGAUGUUAGUUUU